GGUUUUCCUUUUUUUGCCAUCUUUCUCUGCUUUCUUUACAGAAAACCGUAAGAUGGCCUCAGCACAUGACAGAGCUGUACUCCAGGCUAUAUUCAACCCCACCACCCCCUUUGGAGACAUCCCUGGCCUGAACCAAGAGGAGGAAUUAAUUGAUGAUGACAGUGGCUUUGACACAGAGUUGCUGAAGCAAGUGAAAGAGUUGGAGAUGUGGGGUGUUUCGGCAGCAGAGGCUGGGGAUUUGCAAGCUGCACUUCAACUGUUCGGCAAGGCAAUCCAGAUCCUGCCUCAGCGAGCCUCAGCCUAUAACAACCGGGCACAGGCCCUGCGGCUGCAGGGGAACACAGCAGGAGCCCUGGAGGACCUGGACCAAGCCGUCUCUCUGAGCGGCAGCACUGGACGAACCGCCUGCCAGGCACUGGUGCAAAGAGGGCUUUUACGUAGAUUAGCAUGUCAGAAUGAUGGAGCCAGAGAAGACUUUGAGAAAGCAGCUGCACUUGGAAGUGAAUUUGCUCGACAGCAGGCUGUGGUUCUUAAUCCAUAUGCUGCCCUGUGCAACAAAAUGCUCUCUGAGGUGAUCAACAAACUACGUAACCCUGAGGCGUCUGGGAUGCAGUAGUUAAUGUCAACAAAUUUGUCUCCUGUACAACUUUUCUGUCAUGAAGUCAUUGUUUAAUAAAAGAACAUUUGUAGCUUUUAA